UUCUUUCGCUCCGCCUCCCAUUCGCUAAUAGCGACCCUUUGAAGUCACAUAUCUUCUCACGCUUCGAUUGGACAUCCUAGACGCUAGUGCCCCGCCCACUACUAACAGCAGUGUUUGGGGACUCCUCCCCUGCACUCCCCCCCCCUCCCGGGUUACUCGGCGGUGAGUCGCGGUGGUGUCUGUGUGUUGCUCCGGUGUGUAGUGUCGCAGCGCCCCGGUUGGAUUACACUGACCUCUCCUACCAACCGUAAGGCAGCCGGAGCAACUCCUAAGCCGUGACGUCACUACACAGCCAAGUGCCUUGUGGACGGGUAUUGGAAUUGUCGUGUUUUGUUCAUGUCGGAGCGAAGGCUGUCCGGGGUAUGACGUCUAGAGGAGGGCUGGAAGAAACACGGGAGUGACGUCAUCGAGUGUGGACGGAGUGACGUCACGCGAAACCCCCCCCUGCUGCUGGUUCCCAGAGGCCAAGGCGUCCAGAUCUGACACCGCACUUUACAGAAACCACCAUGAAUAAUCUGUCCUUCAGCGAGCUGUGCUGCCUGUUUUGCUGCCCACCGUGUCCAGGGAAAAUCGCCUCCAAACUUGCCUUCUUACCUCCUGAUCCAACUUACACUCUUAUAUGUGAUGAGAGUGGAAGCCGCUGGACUCUUCAUUUGACGGAACGAGCGGACUGGCAAUAUUCUGCCCGGGAAAAAGACGCUAUAGAGUGUUUCAUGACUAGGACCAGCCGUGGAAACCGCAUUGCCUGCAUGUUUGUACGCUGCUCUCCCAAUGCUAAGUACACACUUCUCUUUUCUCAUGGAAAUGCUGUAGAUUUGGGUCAGAUGAGCAGCUUUUAUAUAGGACUUGGCUCUCGUAUUAAUUGUAACAUAUUCUCCUACGAUUAUUCUGGAUAUGGGUCAAGCUCUGGGAAGCCAUCGGAGAAGAAUUUAUAUGCUGAUAUUGAUGCUGCUUGGAUUGCUCUAAGAACAAGGUAUGGUAUACGCCCAGAGCAUGUGAUCAUCUACGGCCAGAGUAUAGGAACUGUCCCCUCUGUGGAUCUGGCUGCUCGAUAUGAAAGUGCUGCUGUGAUUCUUCAUUCUCCUCUUACCUCCGGGAUGAGGGUAGCUUUUCCUGAUACCAAGAAAACCUACUGUUUUGAUGCAUUCCCUAACAUUGAUAAAAUCUCCAAGAUAACCUCUCCCGUGCUGAUCAUCCAUGGCACAGAAGAUGAAGUUAUUGACUUUUCCCAUGGACUGGCACUGUUCGAGCGCUGUCAAAGGCCGGUGGAGCCGCUGUGGGUGGAAGGAGCUGGACACAACGAUGUGGAACUGUAUGGACAAUACCUUGAACGGUUAAAACAGUUUGUCACACAAGAGCUUGUAAAUUUGUAAAGUACUACUUGGUCAAAACAAUCUCUACCUGUGGCACGGAAGGGUGGCGCCAACUUUCACAGCAGUGCAUAGCGGCGCUCGCUGGCCACCCACCAGAGAGUUUAACCGAUCAUGUUUCUUUUAUUUUGCUGGACUGUGAGCCAUACAAUGGUCCUAUACAAACCUGAAGGUCUGUUUUGCAAAUUAUGUUGGUCGCCUUAACAGAUGUACAGGUAAUGAUUUGUUUAACGGAAUAGCAUGUCUAAAACAUUUUUUCUUAAUUUUUUUAUUUUGAUUUUUUUCAAUCUCCUGUACAGUGUUAGUUAAAAUCUCUUCUGUGCUGUCACUUAUGACGCUAAGGCGUAUGCUAGUAUUUGGAGGUUAUUAAACGGGUGUCGCAGAAUCCAAGAUGACAUUGGUACUGAGGGAAGCACCACUGUAUACAAACCAGCAGAUACCUCAGGUUCUCUUCUCUGUUGGAUUAUAGCCUUGCAGUAUGUCAGAACUUUUACAGUAGAAUUGGUGCAGAUUUAAAUGACACGGAAUUGUUUAAAACGGUACUUUAGCCAGCAAAGUGGGGGCAACCUAUUUUCAGCGAUCACAUGGUGGCGUUACCCUUAAGCACCAUUCAGUCAGCAGUGCAAUGCAAUUAUCACAAGUCUUAAUACUAUUGCAUGUGGUAUCGAGAAGGCUCUGUAUACAAAACUUGCAUGUGGCAUACACCCGGAUCGUUUUACUGACCGUCCAAGUGUAAAACAAACCUGCAGUGGCAGUCAUAACGGGAAAAUGUCAUUGGAUGUACUGUCCCUUAACAUUGAUAAUGAAGGUUUUUAUACCAGUAUUAAAAUGUGGAAAUUAUUUUGCUGUCCUUUACCUACAUCUGUGUGUAUUUUUAUUUCUUUUGUUACAAGAGCUCUUGAAAGAAGCAGCUCAUCAUAUCAGCAUGGCGCAUCCAUAUGUACUGUAUCUAAGAUGAGCAGUGUGAUUAAAUGGCAACAAACUGAUUGUGAAAGUCCCCUCUAUAUUAUUCAUUAGGAUAGUUCUGGUUUCCCAGGUGCCCUGAGACGCAAACACUUGUCUAUCGGUUUAUGAUCCACGUAGGCGCUUUUUUUUUUUUUUUUUUUUUUUUUUUUUUUUUUUUUUUUUUACACACAUAAUCUGAUUUAACUUUCUGUGAUCAGUCAAUUCCUAUCUUAUGGAAUACAAAUCGUAUCAAGUGAGUAGAAUUUUGUUGCCAAACACAUUUAACUAUUUCCUUUUUAGCUUCUCGCAACCUAAGAAGCACUGACAUGUUUAAGAAUCUGAAGUAGAAGCUGUGAUUUUCAUACACUGAACCAUAAACCACUAUAUAUACACUAUACACCUAAAUGACUUGACACAGCCAGAUUGUUCGUUUUUAUGGGCAGUUGCCAUGUACAGUAGUAGGAUUGCCCUUUUUACUGGUGUACAUAUUUGCAAUGUCAUCCAAACAAUAUUUUCUUAAAAAAAAGUAAUUGACAGUUUUGCAAAAAGGUGCAGCCGAGCGCCACGGUGUCUGUAGCUGCUGUUCUUUUACUUCUUUCUACGUGUGCUGAAAAGGGAAUAUUAAAUCUUUUUGUUUUCUGUUGCUGAGCGACGGCAUGCUGGACUCUAAACUGACAGAACAAGCUUCCUUGGCCAAAAUCUUUCAAGUCAGUGGGGGGUUUUCAGGCAGCCCCUUUGGACACACUGGGCUGGAUUCCACAUAUUCCAAAGUGGGCCCUUUGUUUUGUUUUUUUUUCUUCUUGGGCUAGAUUGUAUAACUUGCCAAGGUUUUUUUCCUUUCUUUAGGAGUGGCUUAUUUUACCAAUUUAGUUUGAUCACCGCGUAUCAAUGUAGCAGUAGGCCAUUGCUACUUUAGUUAAUGCUCUUCAAGUUCUAGUACCACUAUAAAUACCACUAACUGGCCAGAGCGUUUCAAAUGUUCAUUUAAAACCUUGUUUUAAAGUACAAGGCAACGUUCUGUAGACCUCACUGACUCUAAACAUUAUGUUCAUCCUAACAGAACUUUGUAAUUUUUUUUUUUAAUUGUUUUGCAGACAAGCUGCAUGAUUCUGCAAUUUUUUGGAAAUCUUAUUUUUUCAAUUUUAGUUUACAAAGCAUUUUUUAAAUUUUGUUUUUAUAUAUGUAAUUUUUUUUUCUUUCUUUAAGCUGCCUGACCUUCAGUUUAGGUUGGCUUCAAGUUUCAAUAAUGAAUGCAACUGCAGUUUAAUGAUAUGUAGUACAAAUUGUGAAUGGAUAACACUGUGGAUACAUAUAAAGGCCUUAUUUAGUGUCAUAAUUGUCGUGGCUGUCUGGGAUUGUAUAAAGUUUAAUCAUGUAUUAUAAAGACUUGCAUUGGUUUAGAUGUGACCCAGUAAAAAUCUAUAACUACUU